GGUAAUUAGUCGGACCGCUCUGAGAUGUUAAUAAACUUCAAUUUGGUUAUUCCUAGGCAGUUGCAGGCAUUCUAAUCUCUGGACAACUGUGGUGCUGUUGUGCAGGCAGCAGUCUGAUGGCCUUCCUUUGGACAUUUUCAGUCAACUGAGUCUCUAGCAUAUCUCUGAGACCAAAAGGGGUGAUAGUAUUCCAAAUGAGGAAGCUCCUUACUUUUAAAAGAGAUUUAUGAAGGACGGGCCAUCUAGGUAUCUGCACGCUCUUCUUAUAGGAACCACUGCAGUAGCUUAUGGUUGUUGCUUUAUUCACUUUUUUCUCACAAUGGUCUGAGAACUUCAGUUCAUUGUCAACAUACACAUCCAGGCCCUUUUCACAUAUGGUCUCUGUUAAUUUGAUUCUAAAUUAAUUUUCUUGUGUGGUAUUUCUCAUGGAAAUUGAUACACCCUGUAUGUUAUGUUAAGUUAGGUAAGAAAAGUCAUGUAUCCUGAAAUAUAUAAAUUGUUAGGAUAGGAUCUUUUAGUUUCAUAUUUUUCUUGUUGCAGUAGGUUAGGUGAGGUACCCCACAAUUCCCCUCUACUUAAAUUCCUUGCCCACUUUUGGGAAUUUCAAAAUUGUUGACUGGUGGAGGGGGUCAUAUCUUUGUAAAUGCUCAUUUGCACCAUACAGUAAAUGAAGGUCAGAAUCCCACAAAAUACAGUGGAAUAUAACAAACAUAAACAAUUUUCAUGCCAAAGCCAAGUCAUGCACUAAAACGAAUAAUUACCAUAAGAUAAUUCUUUAGUUACUGAAGCUCAGAUAAUUACCAUAUAUGUAUUGUAUCCUUAAAGUAAACCUUAGAGAAGAAAUGCAGGAGUGUUAUUCAUCUCAUUCACUUUUAUCUGACAUUAGCUUUCAGUAAUUAAGUUUUAAAAGAAUGAUUGUGAGAACUGAGAAUGUUUAAUGGUCACCUGAAGAAUCUCCAUCCCAGCUUAUUUCGUUUAAAGAUUAAUGCUAACCUAACCUAACCUCGUCCCCUCAAAUAGUGUUGGGUGGUUAAUCUUUUGGUGAAAUAAGCUGGGGUGGAGAUUCUUCAGAUGGUCCUGGUUAACUGUGGCUCGGGGCACUAAUGCUCCAGUGAUGGAUUUACUGUGAGGGCAUAAAAAUUAAGUUAUCUUCAUUUUCCUAAUUCUUAAAGUUCUGAGGUACUCUGUAAUUUUCACUACUUGACAUACAUAAAUGUUCGGGAAACACACGAUGGAUUAAGUCGCUAAGUUAUAUUUGACACGAUCUUUUUUAUUUUACCUUUUUUUAAUUGUGCCCCAAUAGUUCUUGAUGCUGUGGAUCUCUCAGGGUGUGCACUCUAGGUAAUUAGAGUAAAUCAUCAGUAACACUAUUUCAUUUCAUUGUAACAUGAAGAAACCACUGUGCUUUGUAAACCUUUGGUCCCUUCCUGGUACAGUACAGGUAAAGUUAUACAGGUGAGUGAUGGUUUGUUUCAAUUCACCAGAGGUUGUUGGAGGCACUGAUCUGCUUCCCAGGAGACUAAAGGUAAGUUUUACAGUUUAUAUUGGAUUACCUAAUGAUUAACCAGCAGUAUAUGUCACUUUAAGAUUAGUCACUUUAAUGCUAAUUAAUCCUAAUCCCCCAAGUUGUGUUAGGGUGUUUAAUUUAUCAGGUGAAAUAAGCUGGGGCCUACCAGUAGUCUUAAAGUGAUCCUGUACAUUUGUCCAAAAUACCACUUUAAGUUGCCUCAAUUAAAAUCAUUAUCAUCUCCAAAAGUUGCACAGUAAUGUACAGUAUAUUAAUUAUUUUCCAUUUUCAGGAGUAAACACAUAAUUUCAUUGUUCACUAGAAAAUUAAGCUGUUACAAAGAGAAGACACCAUUCAGUGCACUUUAGUAGAGAAGCACUAUGGCCAACCAUGCAAAUGCCAUGAACAAAGUUAAGAUCCUGGUUGUUGGAGAUUCAGGAGUGGGAAAAUCCUCACUAGUUCACCUGAUCUGCCAUGGACAGUCUCUGAGUAAUUCAUCUUGGACCAUUGGCUGCAGUGUAGAAGUUCGUGUGCAUGAGUAUCGUGAAGGAACACCCAGUCAACGACCAUACUUUGUGGAACUUUGGGAUGUGGGUGGCAGUAACUCACAUAGGAAUGCCCGACACGUGUUCUACAACCCCAUCCAUGGCAUCAUUCUUGUGCAUGACUUGACCAAUCGAAAGUCACAGUUAAAUCUUCGUCGCUGGUUGUCUGAAGUUUUGCUCCGGGAAGGAAGUGGAACCAAAUCACGAAUACCUUUAGUUGAUGACUUUGAUGCAGAGCAAUUUGGAGGGUUUUCUCAGGUAUAUGGAAUAAAAAAGCUUCCAGUGUUUGUUGUGGGGACAAAGCAGGACCAGAUUGCUGAAUUUCGCACAUCUGGAAGAGUUCGUAGCUCAUCCAUUGCUGAUGAAUGUGGUGCUGAUGAGAUUAGUGUAAACACACAUGAUCAGCGCUCUCUAGCACCAGGCUCCAGCAAUGCAGUUAGACUGUCUCGUUCUUUUGAUAAAGUUAUUGAACGUCAGCAGACAACAACCUCGAGGACAGAUGGAGGAUUUUCAUACCUAGAAAGGGAAAGUUCUAUGUACAGAAGAAACAAAAGUACAUCCUCACAUAUUGUUAUUGGCUAGCUGGCAGCUGUACAGAAUUAUUAUUUGAAUAAGAUUUGCUUUUCAUUUUUUCAUACAGAAAUUAUUUAUUUAUUUGUUAUUUGGUUAAUAAUGAAGGAAAAGUUUUUAUGGUUUAAAUAAAUAUUAUAGUAGAUGUAUUUGAGAAUCAUUACAAAGUACAGGUACUACAGUACAUACACAUUCCAUGCUAAUAUGGCAAGUGGAAAGAAUUGAGAUCAUACAGUAUUAAGUUACUUUCAGGAAAUACUGUGCUGUAUACACACAUUACUAUAUUGGGAUUUUCCGAUCAAAGUUAUGCAGCUUUUGGACUACUGUAUUGUAAUUUACGGAGGGCACGGCAAAAUAUUUAUGAAAAUUGUAAAUGUUUAUUACAACUUUUUGCAUUAAAAUAGUCAAUUUCAAA